AUGAAACGAUUUGGUGUAUCGGCAUUUGAUGCCAAUAAAGAUACUUAUGAAUCAUCUACUUUACAACGACAAUCAAAAGAAUACGAACAACAAUUGAAAUUAUUUCAAGAUAAAUUAAUUCAAUUUGCAAAAGAACAUAAUAAUGAAUUAGGAGAAAAUCAUGAAUUUAAAUUAAAAUUUAUGAAAAUGUGUAAUUCUAUUGGUAUUGAUCCAUUAAAUUUAUUUGAUAAGGAUCGUCAUUUAUUUAGUGUUGAUGAUUAUUAUUAUGAAAUUUGUGUUAAAUUAAUUCAAAUUUGUAGAGAAAUUAAAGAUAUUAAUGGUGGAAUUGUUUCAUUAAAUGAAUUACAAAAAGUUUAUUUCGUAGGAUCAAAUGUAACAAUUAAUGAUAUUGAAAAAUCCGUUAAAAUGCUCUCAAAUUUAGAUGGUGGUUUUGAAAUUUUUCAAAUUAGAGAUCAUUUAAAAUUUUUAAGAAGUGUACCAAAUGAGUUAACUUUCGAUCAAACAAAAGUUUUAGAAGUUUGUUCUGUAAUGGGUUAUGCAAGUAUUAAUUUAUUGCAUAUUAAUUUAAAUUGGGAAAAAAUUAGAUGUAAAGCAACUUUAGAUGAAAUGAUUGCUAAUGGUUUGUUAUGGAUAGAUAAUCAAUGUGGCGGUAAAGAAAUUUUAUAUUGGGACCCAUCUUGGAUAACUAAAUCUGUUGAUAUUCAAACGUGA